CCCACUUCUAACUUUCUCCUCUUCCAACGUCUCUCUCUCAUACUUCGUCACUCUUUCUCACAAAGAAUUCGCACAACAAAGCAAACCCACAGUGAAGAAGCAGACUCUUUUUUUUUUCGGUGCGAUGUUAUGUUACAGAUCACUGUCAUUUUCACUUGUGUUCACCUUCCUCUUCUUCUCAUCUUCAAGUUACUUUCCCUCCACACAUGGAGCUCUUCACUUUCACCCCCUCUCACCACUACCCAGUUCAGGUUCAGGAAGUGAAAAUGGGGUUAAGUUUGUGGUGGAUUUUCCUUGGGAGGCAAGAAGGUCUGUUGUGGAAGGACCAAUUGGUGAGCCUGUUGAAGGCUCAACACUUGUUUUAGCUCCAAAGAGAACUUACAGAAAAGACCCUCUUGAUGGGUUCAAAAGAUACACUCAAGGAUGGAAUAUCAGCAACCACCACUACUGGGCUUCUGUGGGCUUUACUGCAGCUCCCUUAUUCUUCAUUGCAGCACUCUGGUUCCUUGGCUUUGGGUUGUGUGUACUGCUCGUUUGUAUCUGUCACUUUUGCUGUCAAAGGCGACCUUCUGGCUAUUCUAAAACAGCUUAUACUCUCUCUCUCAUUUUCCUCAUAAUCUUCACCAUUGCUGCAAUCCUUGGCUGUGCUGUUCUAUAUGCUGGACAGGGGAAGUUUCAUAGGAGCACGAAGAAAGCAUUGGAGUAUGUCGUAAAUCAAGCAGAUACCACCGUGGAGAAACUGAAAGAUGUCUCAGAUCAUCUUGCUUCAGCCAAGCAGAUUGGAGUUGAUAAAGUAUUUUUACCUUCAAAUGUCCAAACUGAUAUUGAUCUGAUUGAAACAAGAAUUGAUUCUUCUGCUAGCUCUCUUACUGUUCGGACAAAGGAGAACUCAGAUGACAUUAAAGAUCUCUUGGAUUCAGUGAGGUUGGCUUUAAUCACAAUUGCUGCCAUUAUGCUUGUACUGACGUUUCUUGGAUUCUUGUUUUCAGUUUUUGGCAUGCAACUUCUGGUGUACAUCCUGGUUGUCUUAGGGUGGCUCCUUGUUGCUGGCACCUUCAUUUUGGCUGGCAUAUUCCUUCUUCUUCAUAAUGUUGCUGGAGAUACAUGUGUUGCAAUGGAUCACUGGAUCCAUAACCCAACAGCUCAUACUGCAUUGGAUGAUAUACUGCCAUGUGCCGACUCUGCAACUGCCCAAGACACCUUGACAAAGAGCAAGGAAGUCACCUCUCAACUUGUUGAAGUGAUUAACCAAGUCAUCACCAAUGUCUCUAACAUUAACUUCUCCCCUAAUUUUCCAACAAUGUACUUCAAUCAGUCUGGUCCAUUGGUACCAAUCCUUUGCAAUCCAUUCUACUCUGAUUUGACAGAUAGACCUUGCUCUCCUGGUGAAAUCGACUUCAAUAACGCAACUCAGGUUUGGAGAAGCUAUGUGUGUCAGGUUUCUCCAAAUGGGAUCUGCACAACAACAGGACGCAUUACUCCGGCUUUCUUCGACCAAAUAACAGCAGUGGUAGAUGUCAUAAAUGGACUAUAUAACUAUGCUCCUUUCCUGGUAGAGCUACAAGACUGUACAUAUGUGAGGGAAACUUUCAUUGGCAUAUACAAAGAUCACUGUCCGGGGCUUCAGCAGUAUAGUAGAUGGAUCUACAUUGGUCUUGUAAUGGUUUCUACAGCAGUUAUGCUCUCUAUAAUCUUCUGGGUUAUUUAUGGUAGGGAGAGGCGUCACCGCAUCCAUAAAGACGAGCUUGUAGCUAAUUAUAUUCGAGGUUCGGAAAGGAACAAGGAUCGUUAGCAGAAACAACUCCAGAUUACUUCAUAUGGUGGCAUUUGUUGGGGUUGGUUUUUGGGUUUUGUAUGUAUUCAUGCAACUUGACUUGCCGCAUUUAUCUAUCCUUUCAUAUUUGGAUUCAUUUCCUUCUUACAACCAGGACAAUGUGUAAUAACUUGAAGAGAAGUGUUGUGGUUCAGCGUUUCUAUAAUUGUGGCUAAACCUAGUCACUUUGUACAAAUCUUUCCAUUUGUUGUUCAAGUAAUAGGGACAUUAUAGUG